CUAACAGCGCGUACCGACGCGAACCCGGCACUUCCCCGGCCCGCCCACCGGUCUGCAGUCAUGCCGUGGUCAGCUGUUCUCCUGUCGGCCCUGGCCGUCCUUACCAGCGCACAAACCAACUCACCAACCAACAACAACCUGGACGACGCACAGCGCUUCCUCAGUGACUACAACGCGCGUGCGCAGGAGGUGUGGAACGCUUACGUCGUGGCGUCGUGGAACUACGACACCAACCUGACGGAACACAACAACGGCGUCCUGCUGGAGAAAAGUCUGGCGCUGACGGAGUUCGAGGCCGAGGCUUACGUCAACAAGACCAGCUUCAACACCACAGGCUUCCCUGAUGACGUCAUCAGAGAGUUCGACUUUCUGGGGAGCGCGCCUCAAGAAGGGGACACGGCACGACGGCUGCAGGAGACGCUGUCCGAGAUGGGGCGGAUCUACGCCGUCGGCCAGGUGUGCGACCAGGACGAUCCGGACAACUGCCGAGAGCUGGAGCCGGGUUUGACGGAGAUCAUGGCGACAUCACGUGACUACGAGGAGCGGUUGUGGGUGUGGGUCGGCUGGCGUGACGCCGUCAGUAAGGCCAUCAGACCGCAUUACGUCACCUACGUCGACCUUAAGAACCAGAUCGCCCGAGCAAACGGGUACACUGAUUACGGUGACCAGUGGCGGUGGAAGUAUGAGACGGACACGUUCGAACAGGACAUGUUGGAUAUCUGGGAGGAAGUCAAGCCGUUCUACCUGCAGCUGCACGCCUACGUACGCCGGAAGUUGUAUGACGUGUACGGCGACAAGAUCAACCUGAGAGGACCACUUCCGGAACACCUGCUGGGUGACAUGUGGGGGCGCUUCUGGACAAACCUGUACAGUCUGACGGUCCCCUUCCCGGACAAGGAGAGUCUUGACGUCACACCCGCCAUGUUGGAACAGAACUACACCAUCAUGAGGAUGUACGAAGUGUCGGAGGAGUUUUUCGGGUCUCUCGGCCUCCUGCCGCUGCCCAGCCGGUUCUUUGAGCGGUCCAUGCUACAGAGGCCCACCGACAGAGAGGUCGCCUGUCACGCCACCGCCUGGGACUUCUACGAUGGAGAAGACUUCAGGAUCCGUAUGUGCACGAAGGUGGACAUGGAGGACCUUCUCACCAUCCACCACGAGAUGGGACACACGCAGUACCAGAUGCAGUACGCCCACCUGCCGCUAGUUUUUCGGGACGGCGCGAACGACGCGUUCCACGAGGCUGUUGGGGAGGUGUUGGCUUUGUCCGCGGCUACUCCGCAGCACCUGCACGCCAUCGGGCUGCUGGACACCGUGCCGGACGAUCCGGAUGCGGACAUCAACUUCCUGCUGCUGCAGGGCCUGAACAUGAUCGCGACGCUGCCGUUCAGCCUGGUGCAGGACCUGUGGCGCUGGCGGGUCUUCAGCGGCGAGAUCCCCAAGAACGAGUGGAACAAGAAAUACUGGGAGAUGAAGGCUGAGAUAGUGGGCGUGGUGCCGCCGGUAGAGAGGGGGGAGGACCAGCUGGACAUCACCUCCAUCUACCACGUGGCCAACGACUUUGACAUGAUCAGGUACUACGCCCGGACCAUUAUUGAGUUCCAGUUCCAGAAGGCGAUGUGUGACGAGGCUGGCAUCACCGAGCCGCUCUACAAGUGCGACAUCUACAACUCACAUGCCGCGGGGACCAAGCUGGCGAACAUGUUGCGGCUGGGCCGGUCCAGGCCGUGGCCUGAAGCCAUGGAGGCGAUGACGGGACAGCGGAAGAUGCUGGCGAAUUCCUGGAAGGCGUACUUCCAGCCGCUGUACGUCUGGCUGCAAGAGAAGAACAGGGAGAAUGGAGACGUGCCGGGCUGGGACGUGAACUGGAGACCAGAUGCUAGCAGCGCCACCACCACCCUUCCCGCCAUCCUCCUGCUCCUCAGCAGUGUCACCGGUCUUCUUCUGUUUGCGUAGAUCCGUCCUGCUACCGACGACGUCAUCACCGACGUCAUCACCGACGUCAUCGCCGACGUCAUCGCCUUCCCCGUCAUCCCAACCGCUGCCAUCCGAACCGGAAGUGGAUCAAGCGAACCGGAAGAAAAAUCAACCGUCGAAACAGACGUCAGAUGAGACGUCAGCCUUAGAGAAAGUCGUUUUAUUUCAAUGUCUGUUUGAUAACUUCUGUGACUGAUGAUUUAGAAAUACGUCUGAGCUCAAAGCAGAGUUGACAAUUUAACUUGUCGAGAUUUUUGUGUCUACUUGUGUACAUGUGCAGGAUUUCCAAUUCUAAGCGUACUAAAUGCGUGCCCUGUAUACAUUUCCUGUCAAAUCUAAUUGAAAUAUUUUACAACGAAGAGUUGCUUAUUAAAUUUAAUUGAAAUAUUUCCCGACGAAGAGUGUACACAUUCUUACCGAUGUCAUUAUUAAAUAUAAUAAAUGGUUUAU